GAUAACAGGAUCUCCAUCUGGUCUGCUGGAGACGUUGGAAAUGUGGGCCUCAGUGGUGAAUAUCAAGGAGAGCCUCAGCUGCUCUGUGACAUCAGGCACAAUGGUGAUGUUAUGGACAUGCAGUUUUUGGAUCAGGAGAGAAUUGUCGUUGCCUCAUCAACAGGAACUGUAACUAUAUUCCGUCAUCAUCAAAAUAACCAGACUUUAUCUGCCAACCAGCGGUGGGAGAAAGCCCAUUAUCAUGUGGAUCAAGACACAUCUUGUGGUGGCGCAGCAUGUACUGGAGUCAUCUGCAACAACCCAGAAAUUGUCACUGUUGGAGAAGAUGGUAGAAUAAAUCUCUUCAGAGCGGACCAAAAAGAUGCAGUAAGAACUAUAGACAAUGCAGACAGCAGUACGCUCCAUGCAGUGACCUUCCUUCACACAACUGAGAUUUUGACAGUAAAUUCAAUUGGGCAGUUAAAAAUAUGGGACCUCAGACAGCAAAGAAAUGAGCCAUCUCAAAUAUUUUCUUUGACAGGUGACAGAGUUCCCCUGCACUGUGUGGACAGGCAUCCCAAUCAGCAGCAUAUUGUGGCCACAGGGGGCCAGGAUGGGAUGCUGAGUAUAUGGGACAUCAGGCAGGGUACUAUGCCUGUGUCCCUGCUAAAUGCUCAUGAAGCAGAAAUGUGGGAAGUUCACUUCCAUCCCUCCAACCCUGAUCACUUAUUUACGUGUUCUGAAGAUGGAUCUCUUUGGCACUGGGAUACUUCCACAGACAUAUCUGAAAAACCAUCUUUUCUUCAUCAAGGAGGAAGAAGUACUACCUAUUUUUCGCACAGUACCAUUAACCAGUCUGUAGUAAGUGCCUGGCUAAGCAACGAUCCUACCAAAGACCGCAUGGAAAUCACCAACUUAAUUCCAAAUCAGACUUUGUCUGUGAAUAGUUUAGAUAUUUUAGGACCAUGCCUAGUAUAUGGUACUGAUGCAGAGGCUAUUUAUGUGAACAGACAACUUUUUGCAUGAAGCGACUGCAGCAUCACUUUGAAGUACUGAUCACCUUGAACUACUGGGAAAUGUCAGGUUCAUU